AUGCACUGGAUAUCCUGCUCGUUGUAUAUUUUCCUGGCUCUGGCAACUCAGUCAGCCGCCGACUGUUUGUCAUAUGGCUACGACUUUGUGGACGGCGGCGGCCCGUACUGCAUCAACACGACUUCUCCAGACUUCUUCUCCUUCGGCACCCUGUUUUAUGGCUGUCAGCCGACCGACAGUCAAGGUGACAUCACGCCCAUUCUUAUUGAUCCGAAUGGCGGUGAAUACUUUUGCUCCGACAUUCCAACCCAGCCGGAUGGUGCCGACAUGGUCGCAACAUGCAAUGUCACCGGGAAUGAGGUGACCAAAGCUAGCAUGUGGUCGGGUGAUUGGAUUGUCAUCAUCGAGGGAUUGACCUUUGCCUGGAUGAGAACCUUCUCCAUCAUUGCAGGACCCCCUGUGAUCAUCACUGCCACUCCCACCGCCACCUUUACGGUCACGUCCACUCCCUCCACCACAAUCACCACCACCAUGACCAACGUCUUCUCGACAACCCUGCCACCUUCGACGAUUACCGUCCCGUCCACGACUUCUACCCGGACAAUAACUACCAUCCCAUCACAGGUGACGGUAUAUUGGACUUCAACCUCGACUCGCACCCGUACAACACGAGUUUUCUCCAAAACCACUUCCACCACCACCGUUACAAGCAGUUGCCGGACCCAACCGCCCAAGAAAGAUCCGACCUGCACAAUCCGCCCGUCGAAGGCCUCGCUCGCAGCUAGCAGUCAAACAUUGAGUGCCAUCCCGCGGAUCCGCCGGAGUGAGGGACAGAUGUUACGACCAGCUCAGCCUAGGGCCGUCGGACCUCAACUUGGCCAGCUCUUCAAACGAGGCCCAGGUAACAAACUGCGAGGUACGAUUCAUGUCACAGGCUAA